AUGCGUCUCGGCGUUCUGCUCCGGGUCGUCCUCUACGCGUGGCUGCUGGCGGAGUGCAGCGGCCUCUUCGGCUGGUUCAGGAGGAGAGACAAGCCAGCAGUGGCACCGACACCCGAUGCUCAAAGCGGCACCCAGGAGGACGGGCAUGGGGCCCCCCAGGAUGGCUCGCAAGGUGGACCCGAGAGGCGGGGAGUCGGGGCAGCUCCCUUCAGGCUCGCGUUCGCUGAUGAGCGCUUCCUGGCCGAGGCGCGGCACCUGGAGCUGUCCCCACUCGACACCUGCCACUACCAGGUGAUCGGACGCCUGAAGGGAUCCUGUGAUGAGCUCUCUGAAGAAGAUCUGGCCAAGCUUGGGGUCUCUCUACUGAACUGCCAAUCAAUGGUGGAGGAUAGACGCACGUUCCAGUGCACAGCCGAUAUGAGCCUUUCCCAGUGCACGGCCGAAAUGGAUCCGACCACGUGGAAUGCGUACCACAUCGUGAGUAACCGCGUGCGCUCGGUGUGCUACGCCACGAGGCAGCUGCAGUUCCGUCAGAGGACUGAGCACGUGGUGAACUCGCUUGUGGAGACGGCCCAUGACCAGCUCGACACCAUGCAGCGUAUCAAGGAAAGUAAUGAGAAACUCUCAGAGCUUACAGAAGCCUCGAUCCAGAAUGUGUUGGAUGGGCAGGGCAAGUUGCUAAGUCAUCAAGAACAACUUGACCAGAGCCAAAGUCAUCUGCAAUUGUCCAUAAGUACCAGCAUGGAGCAGGUCCUCGAGCAGAAGAGUCUCAUCGCCACAGGACACCAACUGCUCGCAGAGAUGACGAUGAAGAUUCAGAGAAACAUUGGAAAGAUUGAAAUGUUUUGUACAGAUGACAUGUCAUCUGAGCUUGAGCAACAAGGAGUGUCUGUGAAGAAAGGGCACCAUACCAUUCUGAAAGAUCUUUCCGAUGUAGGAAACCGGGCUGCUGAAAGUCAUCAAAAACUUGAGGCACACAUGGCAUUGGUUAGCAUGUAUCAGGAUGAUACGAGCAAGUAUUACUCGUCUCUGAUGAGCAAUCUGCAGAGACUAAACCGCACAGUGGGAUACCUUCUGCAGCUGGUGGACAGCAUGCAAAGUAACAUGGACCAGAAACUCGACUGGCUUGCGCAACUUCUCGGAGGGGCUGGUGAUAACAUCUCGGUAGUGUACACAUUUGUACUGCAUGCGGCAUAUCUACUCCUGGCAGCGGUGGUGGUGAUGUUCUUGCAGGCACCGGCCCUCACCCGGGCCAUGCUGAUAGUGUGUGUUGUUGUGAACGCAAUAUCUGAGAUUAAGACUGGAGCCUCCUUGGACUUCAUUGAACUCUCCGUUCUCACAGUAACCUUCGCUGCGGGAUACUUUCUGGUAGUGCGUGCAUGGACCUUCUACUCCAAGCUCCAGCCCCACGUCUCGGGCUCCUCCGCUCCCAGUGUGGCUGCACCAGCACACUUCAAGUGCAGGAAAUCUGGAGCACAAGAUUCGUCAAGUAAUGAUUCUGUCAGUGGUGUAGGAGAUGCUUCUGAAAAUCUAAACAGUACUGUGCUUGGUGAGCCAGCGGACAACUCGACUCAAAAACCAAUUCGGAAUGUCAACAGUCGCAGGAAUUCUCUCUCACGGAUUUAUCUUACAGCUGACAAAGAACCGUUUGAGUUUCUACAUUCGGUCAGUCGAAGCUCAGGACGGCAUCUCAUGCGCAGGAGCGACCCACUGGCGUGCUCCAGCCUGAACAACACGUCGUCCUCUCUGUUGCCUCGAGGGCCCUGUGGGGCCAUCACACGCUCCGGCUUGCCCUGCCGCAAGAAGGCCCUCGUGGGUCGCGAUUUCUGCCACCUGCACUUUGCAGGCAACUCUUUCUGCCUGCCGUCUCUCUAUGAAUAGUGCACCAUUGUGGAUCUUGUCUUGAAUGACCAACCACAUGUGAUUUGUACAAUUAACUUAUAUAGCAAAUGGAAAGUGUCAUGCCAUAGAAAUUCACUUGAAAGAUACAAGUAGACA